AUGACUAGCGAAAUUACUCAAAGUUCAGUUAAAGAUGUUUCAAACUUACUUGAAAAUUCAAGUUAUGAUGUAAGAAUUAAAGUCGGUGAAGAACCAGAUAUUAAAGAAUUUGAAGCACACUAUAUAGUCUUAUCGUCAAGAUCAAGAUAUUUUAAAAAUGCGUUAUCAUCGCGAUGGGCAAAGAAGGAGGAUGGAAUCAUCAUUUUUAAUAAACCUAAUAUUUCACCGUCUGUAUUUGAAAUUCUCAUAAACUAUAUUUAUACAGGAACAUUUUCAAUUAAGAAUAAUAUUAGUUUUAUUGACAUUUUUAUAGCAGCUGAUGAGAUUGAAUUAUUUGAAGUUAAUCAACUAGCUAAAAAACAGUUGCUUGAAUUUGAAUCAGCUUGGAAAUUUCCAAAAGAUUUUAUUACAAUAUGUAAAUACGAUGUUUUCACGGAUUUAUAUACAAUUGCAUUAGAACUUGUAUUUGUUACUCGAUAUAAAAAACUUCUGCCUGAUAAUCUUCUCGAUAAACUUUAUGAAUAUUUUUUAAGAUAUCCAUCUAAUGUUUUAUCAAAAAGAGAAUCAGCAUAUCCUUUCAAUUCUAAAAUUAUUAGUGCUAAAGAUGCAGCAUUAAUAGCAAGAUGGAUUGAUAAAGAACAAGAAGGGCGCUAUCAUUUUAAAGAUAUACCUUUCAAAUUUGAUCUAAUUUAUCGUGCAAGCCUUGAAGAUUUUAGCAUUGAUAAGUUCCAUAGCAAAUGCGAUAAUAAAGGACCAACAGUUGUUAUAAUUAAAGUUCGAAACUCAGGAGAAGUCAUUGGCGGAUAUAAUCCAUUAAAUUGGCGUAGUAUGGAAUUAAUGAAAAAUGGAAAUUUACCAUUUAAUGUCUACAAUGAUUAUAAAUGCGAAACAUCAAGAAGUUUUAUAUUUUCAUUAUUUUCAUUAUCAAAUGGAACAAUUCCCAAAUUAAGUCAUGUCACUUCUAAAAAAGAAGCAAUUAUUUGGUCUAUAGAUAAAGGCCCAUGUUUUGGUUUACAAGAUUUGUGGAUAUUGUAUGAUCAUUCACAGAAUGUUGCUUCUGGUAGAUGUAAAAAGCACUCUUAUAAUGUAGGAAUUAUUGAUAAAGAUACUUUUGAAAUUGAGGAAUAUGAAAUAUUUCAAAUUACUGAUAAAAAAUUCUUACCUAAAAUAUUUAAUCCUAUUGUGAAAAGAUGGAAAAGAUGU